AUCCAGUUUUUUAGGCUGUCGUUUAAAAAAUUUAGAAAGCAGCGAACUUUCUCGCAUCCCGUUUAAAUAACCGUAAACCAGUCAGCAGAAAUCAUUUCCUUCCUGUGUUAUUCAGAUGACAUUCUCAAGUCCAUAUACUGAACUGUAUAUGAAUAGACUCUACCAAUUACAAUUGUUCCCUUACAUCUCUGGAGAGAAUCUAGUAUAGAGGGUAUCUAGUGUUCAUUUCCUGUUCUUUGCAGAGCGGAUCGAUACAUUGACACUAACUGUGUUGAUGCAUGCUGCUUCUAGAUUAUGUAAUUGAAUUUGGUAGGUUGUUGUCUCAAAUUGCAUAACUGUGCUAUUGAAUCUGGCUAAGCUGAUAUAUCUAACUAUGUAUUGUUCAGCAAAAAGUGAACACCAUUAUUGUGUUUGCAGAGUAAAUGCCACAGUGGGUUAUAUAGGAGUGAAAUAAUAAAAAUAUAGAACAGAACCGUGUGUGGGUGGUGUGGCACUCUAAUAUGCUAACCCACCACCGGCCUGGCUGGAUGCUUAACAGACAUGUUUGACCUAAUGUCUUAGGAAGGGCGGCUGAAUGGUGAUUCACUGGUAAGUGUAAAUGGUGAUUCACUGGUCUUAUCUGCCAGCGAGGACAUUGUAUGGCAGGCAGAAGUUUCCUGGGUGCCCAGGGAAAUUGAGCAUAUCUAAAUACAAAAAAAGCAUGUACACUGUCUAAAUGUACUGUGUAAUGUUCAGUUCACACCACUGAUCAAUAAUGCAAAAGCUCACCAAACUCACCCCAGCAGAGUACCGCAGUCUUUCAAAUGCACGUCUAAAAUCAAUAAAUGCCACUUAUGAUGCCAUCUCUGCUCAAUAAAGUCAUGCCUUACGGUAUAAAAUGCUUGAUUUUUUUAUAUGUAUUAUGUUAUAUGUUUGUACUGCCAGUAUUAGCUUAGCAUUAGAAAUGACCACUGAUCAACAUCUCUGUUUCUUCUCCUAGGAUAUUGUGACAAAAUCAAGACUGAUUUGCUGAGGCACGUGAGGGAGAUACACCAGCCCCUCACCCUUCAUCCUUGACCCCUGUCCCCCCUGUCCUUCCUCAACUAGCCAUGGCACCUCGCAAGCGGGGCGGCGGAGGCCGGGGCAUGUCUUUCGUUUUCUGCUGCUUUCAAAGCAGCGACCACCCGGAGAUCACUUACCGGUUGCGGGAGGAUUUUGUCCUGCAGACAAUGGAGCCCACGCUGCCCAUUCCCAGCUAUGACGAGCUGGAUGCCAUGUUCUCUGAGCUUGUGGAUGAGCUGGAUCUCACAGAGAAGCACAGAGAGGCCAUGUUUGCAUUGCCUGCCGAAAAGAAAUGGCAAAUCUACUGCAGCAAGAAGAAGGAACAAGAAGAAAAUAAGGGUGCUACUAGCUGGCCGGAGUUCUACAUUGACCAGCUCAAUUCAAUGGCAGCUAGAAAGACUUUGCUGGCUCUGGAGAAGGAGGAGGAAGAGGAGCGCAACAAGACCAUAGAAAGCCUCAAGACUGCACUGCGCACACAACCUAUGAGGUUUGUCACUCGGUUCAUAGACAUGGACGGUCUGACGUGUAUCCUGAACUUCCUGAAGAGCAUGGACUACGAGACCACAGAGUCGCAGAUCCACACGUCUCUCAUUGGCUGCAUCAAAGCGCUGAUGAACAACUCGCAGGGUCGAGCUCAUGUACUCUCUCACCCCGAGAGCAUCAACAUCAUCGCUCAGAGCCUGGCCACUGAGAACAUCAAGACUAAGGUAGCCGUGCUGGAGAUCAUGGGUGCCGUGUGUCUGGUGCCUGGGGGCCACAGAAAGGUCUUAGAGGCCAUGCUGCACUACCAGAAGUUUGCUUGCGAACGGACACGUUUUCAGAUGCUGUUGAAUGAUCUGGACAGGAGUACUGGGCGGUACAGGGACGAGGUCAGCUUAAAGACGGCCAUCAUGUCCUUUAUUAAUGCUGUUCUGAGUCAGGGGGCUGGAGAGACCAGUGUGGAGUUCAGGGUACAUCUGAGAUACGAGUUUCUCAUGUUGGGAAUUCAACCCAUUAUUGAUAAACUCAGGUCACAUGACAACUCCACAUUAGAUCGACAUUUGGAUUAUUUUGAAAUGCUGAGAAACGAUGAUGAACUGACGUUAUCCAAGCGCUUUGAAAGCCUACAUAUAGAUACUAAAAGUGCCAGCCAGGUGUUUGAUCUCAUACGCAAGAAGAUGAACCACACAGAUGCUUACCCACACUUCAUGUCCAUCCUGCACCACUGCCUGCUUAUGCCAUAUAAGAGGAGUGGGAACACGGUGCAGUACUGGUUGCUUCUUGAUCGCAUUGUUCAACAGAUGGUUCUCCAGAAUGAUAAAGGUCACGACCCUGAUGUCACUCCAUUGGAAAACUUUAAUGUGAAGAAUGUGGUACGAAUGCUGGUCAAUGAGAAUGAGGUCAAACAGUGGAAGGAGCAGGCUGAGAAGAUGCGCAAAGACCACCAUGAGCUCCAGCAGAAGUUAGAGAAGAAGGAAAGGGAGUGUGAUGCCAAGUCUCAGGAGAAAGAUGAUAUGAUGCAGACACUCAACAAGAUGAAGGAGAAGCUGGAGAAAGAAACGGGAGAAAAUCGCGUGGUUAAGCAGCAAGUGGCAGAUCUCACUGCCCGCCUACAUGAUCUCAGCACGAGACAGGUAGCCAGUGUCCCUGGGGGUCCCCCGCUAAUUCCUGGACCCCCUGGUGGGCCUCUCUCACCACCACCUCCACCACCUCCUAUGGGCAUGAUGCCACCUCCUCCACCACCUCCACCCGGUGGCGCCAUGAUGCCCCCACCACCACCUCCCCCGCCAGGUGGUCCCCCACCUCCUCCUGGUCGCUCUCUUCUAGGUGGACCUCCUCCUCCACCAGGAGCUCCUAUAGGACCAGCUCCCAAGAAGAAGAAUAUACCCCAGCCGUCCAAUCCACUCAAGUCUUUCAACUGGGCCAAGCUGUCUGAGAACAAGCUGGAGGGCACAGUGUGGGCUGAAGUUGAUGACUGCAAGGUUUUUAAAAUAUUGGACCUGACUGACAUUGAAAAAACCUUCUCAGCGUACCAGCGGCAACAGAAGGAAACCGAGGACGACACUCUUACGUCAAAGAAAGUCAAAGAGCUGUCCGUCAUUGACGGCCGACGAGCCCAGAACUGCAACAUCCUGCUCUCGCGGUUGAAACUCUCCAAUGAGGAAAUGAAGAGGGCCAUCCUGACUAUGGAUGAACAGGAAGAUCUGCCCAAGGACAUGCUGGAACAGAUGUUGAAGUUUGUCCCUGAGAAGAGUGAUGUGGAUCUGCUAGAGGAACACAAACACGAACUGGACCGCAUGGCCAAGGCCGACCGCUUCCUCUAUGAGAUGAGCAGAAUAAACCACUACCAGCAGAGGUUACAGUCUCUGUACUUCAAGAAAAAGUUUGCAGAGAGGAUUGCAGAAAUCAAACCUAAAGUUGAAGCAUUAACGAAAGCCUCUAAAGAGGUGUUGCAGAGCCGGAACCUAAAACAGCUGCUCGAGGUGGUGCUGGCAUUCGGCAACUACAUGAACAAAGGUCAGAGAGGAAAUGCGUUCGGCUUCAAAGUGUCCUCACUCAACAAGAUUGCUGACACCAAGUCUAGCAUUGACAAGAACAUCACCCUACUACACUAUCUGAUCACCAUCCUCGAGAAGAAGUAUCCCAAAGUCAUGCAGUUUCCUGAGGACCUCCAGAACGUCCCGGAGGCAGCAAAAGUCAAUAUGACUGAGCUGGAGAAGGAGAUCAACAACCUGCGCAGUGGUUUGAAGAGUGUGGAGAGUGAGCUCGAGUUCCAGAAGCAGUGUCCACAGGAGGCGGGCGAUAAGUUUGUGUCUGUGGUCAGCCAGUUCGUCACGCUCGCCAGUUUUAGCUUCUCUGAUGUGGAAGACUCGCUCAACGAGGCCAAGGAACUGUUUGUUAAAGCAGUAAAGCACUUCGGUGAAGAUACAGGGAAGACGCAGCCCGACGAGUUCUUCGGCAUAUUUGACCAGUUUCUCCAGGCUUUUUCUGAGGCAAGACAAGAGAACGAGAACAUGCGCAAACGCAAAGAAGAGGAGGAACGCCGGGCACGCAUGGAGGCUCAGUUAAAGGAGCAGAGAGAGAAAGAAAGAAAGGCUCGGAAGGCCAAAGAGAAUGGGGAGGACAACGGUGGCGAGUUCGAUGACCUGGUUUCAGCUCUGCGUUCUGGUGAGGUGUUUGACAAGGACCUGUCUAAAAUGAAGCGAAACCGCAAACGCAACAACCAAAACGCAGAUGAAGGCAGGGAGCGCCCAGUGACGAAACUCAACUUCUGAGAUAACUGCUGGUUUAAAUCCUAACUGCUAAGCUGCACAGCUUUGAGGCGUAGCCCUCGUCAUGUAAGGACUAUUCCAUCAGCCAUGUUCCCUAGGACUACUCUGAUCUUUUACUGACAAUACUGCCCCAAGGUGGUGGAUAUUUGGACAGCACUCCACUGCUACCCUAAAAACGCGUUUAAAGGUUGUAUUGAGGUGGAGGACUUUUAAACCCCUGCUGACUGAAAUGAAUUGGGGUACCUGUUAAUAACUAAAAAAACAAGACUGUCCUGUUCUUUUAUUUUUGUCGGCUGCCAAAGUAACCUCAUUUGAUGCAACGUUGUUCUUGGUGCGAAAAUGAAGCUUUUGCUUUGGUGCUGGUGUACCAAGACUACAGACUUGCAAGACAGGUCUAGUAGAAGUUUGACAUGGCAAGAACACAAAGCAGAGGUACAACUCUUCAACGUCACAGCUUUCUCAUUUUUCACAUCUUGACAAGAUAAACACAAUGGCAUUCAUGAAACAUGUCUGUUUUAGUCUGGCUUCAGAUGUCUAGUCCACUGAUAGUAUAUGUGGUCCAAGAUAAAACCUAAAACCUAAGCUCUGUUAAGAAAACUGGUUGAACAUUUGUAAUGCAGCUACACGUCAUUGUUUUACUUCUUUUACUUUUAAGGACCAUUUUAUAUUGAGUGGUUUUAUUUAAUACUAAUAAGUGACCAAGAUUAUGGGUUGCUUCCAACUCUGCAUCAGAUAUCAGACCCAGGCUGGCUGAGGAUCUUUUUUUUUCAGCAGUAGGCCCUGGCCUUCGUCGUUGAAAACACUGUGGGUGGGUCCCUUGUGCAGAUUCUAUGCAUUUUAUGUUGUCGUCGUCUACUUUUAAGUACGGUCAUGUGAAAUGUAAACUUAUUUAAAAAGAAACAUAACCAACCAGACCAACGCAAUAAUCUCUACUUUGGCUCUUCCCUUUUGUCUGGACCAGUUCCAGUCUUUUUAUUUACAGUUUCAGUUUAUUUAGAUCUUUUACAAUGUCAGCUGCCACCAUUAGAUUUUUGUAAUUUAAAAUGUCUGCCAUUGUAAGAUGGAGCUUAAAGGUAAAUAAAUGGGAGAAAAUUUGAUUGA